AUGUUUAAAUUGCCAAGUAGAAAUUUAAGCUCAAUAGGAUUCAAAACUUUAACAGUUCAAAAUAUAGCAAGAGUUAAUCGUUGCAGUGCCAGAACAUUGAUAACGCCCUCUAUACGUCUAUUGCAAGCACAAGCUAGUGACAAUGCAGGUAAAAAGAUGACUAUUGAUUGUGAAUUACCUGAUCCAACCAAGGGUAAGAGACGUCAACAAUUAGCGCUCGGAGGAUUUAUCGUCGCUAUUGCUGCCUCCUUAGCUAUAAUUUUUAAUUAUGAGAAGACAGAAUCGCCAAUUGUGACACACACAUUUUAUUAUCUUCGUAGAUCACCUAAAUCUAAGGAGCUUCUCGGAGAAAAUAUUGCGUUUGCAGGGAUUGUUCCUUGGGUUUAUGGUGAAUUAAAUCAAGUUGCAGGGAAUAUCAAUAUCAGUUUCUACGUCAAAGGUGACAAGAAUAUUCCUGGUGAAGUAAAAUUAGUUGCCGAUAGAAAGAACCGCAAUGAAGAAUUUUUAAUUCAUGAAUGGUCAUUAACAGCAGACGGAAAAACGAUAAAUUUAUUAUCAGAUAGUGGAACAAGUUCCAUCUGA